CUUGUGAGCAGUCAGUCGCAGUAUUUCCGCCUGAUAGGUGGAGAGGCUGGAGCGCAAAGCUUUACGGUAAAGUCGGUUCCUGAGAGUUGUAGAAAAACACAUCGACGACAGAAUAUUUACUGAUUUGUGCUUUUUAAGUGGACCAGCGGAGAACAGUGAAGAUGAUCGAGGUGGUCUGCAACGAUCGUUUGGGCAAAAAAGUCCGAGUCAAGUGCAACUCCGAGGACACUAUCGGGGACCUGAAGAAGCUCAUAGCCGCCCAGACUGGGACGAAGCACGACAAGAUCGUUUUAAAGAAGUGGUAUACCAUAUUCAAGGAUCACGUGUCUCUGGGCGACUAUGAAAUCCACGAUGGUAUGAACCUGGAACUUUACUACCAGUAAGUCAGCGCUGACACCAGGAGGGCGUUGAAGUCACACAUCAUCAUGGAUGAACAGAGAGGAGUGGUCACAGGAGACCACCUGAUCUGACAGAGAACAUCUGUAGAAAGGUUUCAUUUUGUACCCACAGUUAGACAUGUUGUUCUGCAAGUACUUUGUUUUUUGAUAUUUUGGAAGUAGAGCUGAUGUUUGAGUUGAGUCAUCAGUGCUGUGUAUGUCGUGCUUGUAAAUAAAGGUCAGUGAGAUUGAUAUUAA